UAUUUUUCUUUCAGUCAGCUUACCGGCUUUCGCUUGAAGAAAAAAGUCCUUUGACAAAUUUGUUAUUAAGAAAUGAAAAAGCUGAAAUGAAAGUCUUUAUUUGUAUUCUUUUAUGGGGUGUAGUUUGAGCUUUUUAUUUGAUCAUAAAACACGUGACUGUUAGGUCAGUGACCGUCUCUGAGAUCACAAUCAGCCGAUUCAAAGUCAGAAGACUUUGUGAAGGAGACAGAACCAAUGCUUCAGGAGACCUGGGACAUUUGAAGCAGCCUAGGAAGGUCCUCAAGGGCCAUUGAGUCUCCUCAAUGGGCUUUGGGUUUCCUGUUGCCCUGAGAGUCCCUGAGGAAGUUAGGAGUCUGACGGAUGUUCUAGAGAUCUAGACACAUGACAUUUGAGCUUCUUCAAGGACCCCUGGAACCAGUUCAGGGACACAUCGGCAAGAAUCCUUUGAACCCAGUGUCCUUCCCAAGGACUAUUUGAGCCUCCUCAAUUACUUCUGGAACCUCCCUAGAGUUCCUUCUCAAGGACCCCAUGGAAGGACUACUGCCACCCCCUGAAGCAGCUCUGGUACCUUCUUGAACAACUCACGGUUCCCCUCAAGGUUAACAUUUACCUUUUCAGGUAAGAAACCUUGUUGAGGACUUCCCUCGUGCCCUUGAGGAGGUACCAAAGAUCCAUCAGAUGACAUUGAGGAACCUCAGACCUGCUUCAGGACCAGUUGAGUCUUCUUAAAACUCCUUCAAGGACCAGUUAAGCAUCAGUGGGAUUGACAGGAACCAAACUGGGUUGUGCUGAAGGCGGUUGUGGAGCCUGUACCGUCAUGCUGUCCAGAUACCAGAUACACACUCAACAGCUGCUUCACUAUGCCGUCAACGCCUGUCUCGCCCCCCUCUGCUCCCUUCACCUGGUCGCGGUGACGACCGUGGAGGGCAUUGGCAGUGUCGCAAGGAAACUACAUCCUGUACAGGAGCGAAUAGCGAGAGCUCACGGUUCUCAGUGUGGGUUCUGUACUCCGGGGAUCGUCAUGUCCAUGUACGCUCUGUUAAGGAACAACCCAACGCCCAAAAUGGCCGACGUGGAGGAGGCUUUCCAAGGAAAUCUGUGUCGUUGCACCGGAUACAGACCCAUACUGGAGGGAUACAAGACCUUCACUGUGGAGGGGGGUUGCUGUGGUGGCAGGGGGCGGGACAAUGGCUGCUGUAUGGCCAAUUGGAGUGGAGCUGAGGAAAGCUCAGAAGAAGACGUCAACGAAUCUAAGUCUUUAUUUAGCGCAGAAGACUUCGCGCCCUUCGACCCCACACAAGAAGUCAUCUUCCCUCCUGAACUCAUGUCUGUGACCAAAGUUCAAAGGUCAGCCUCGCUUUGUUUCCGCAGCGACAGGGUGACGUGGCUGCAGCCCGAUAGUCUAGAUGAGUUUCUGCGUCUGAAAUGGGAACAUCCCAACGCCCGGGUGGUGGUGGGCAACACGGAAGUGGGUAUCGAGGUGAAGUUUAAGAACAUGGUGUAUCCGGUCAUCUUGGCUCCGGCCUUCAUCCCUGAACUGAACGAAGUGAGACACACUGAAGACGGCGUGGCGUUCGGUGCAGCGUGUACGCUCAGCCACAUGGGGGCGCUGCUGAAGCAGGAAGUGGAGACUCUGCCUCCUCAUCGGACCGAAGUCUUCCUCGCUGUUCUGGAGCAGCUGCGCUGGUUCGCCGGGAUACAGAUCCGCAACGUGGCAGCCGUCGGAGGAAACAUCAUGACAGCGAGUCCGAUCUCCGACCUCAACCCUGUGUUCAUGGCAACAGGCUGCAAACUCACACUGAUGGAUAAAGACGGCAGCCGCGUGGUUCCAAUGGACGCCGCCUUCUUCCCGGGCUACAGGAAGACGGCGAUGCGUCCGCAGGAGGUCCUGGUCUCUAUCGAGAUCCCGUUCAGCAAGCGGACUCAGUUCGUCUCUGCCUUCAAACAGUCGCCUCGCCGCGAGGACGACAUCAGCAUCGUAACAGCCGCCAUGAGCGUCACCUUCGCCCCCGGGACUGACGCCGUGGAGGACCUGAGGCUGAGCUAUGGCGGCGUGGCAGCCGUCACCACGCUGGCCACCGCGACGGCCAAGAAGCUGCUGGGGAGGCGGUGGGGGGAGGAGCUCCUGCAGGACGCCUGCUCCUCUUUGGCUGAAGAGAUGACCCUCGACCCCUCUGCACCAGGCGGCAUGGUGACAUACCGGCGAACUUUGACCCUCAGCCUCUUCUACAAGUUCUACCUGACGGUGCUGCAGAAGCUCAGAGAGCAGGGUGUGAAGGUGGACGCGGUCCGGCCCGACUGCCUGAGCGCCGCAGACGUUUACCACCCAGAGACCCCGUCCAGCAUCCAGGUGUACCAGGCGGUGCCAGAGGGCCAGUGCCAAGGCGACGCGGUGGGCCGUCCCAUGAUGCACCUGUCCGCUCUGAAACAUGCGACGGGUGAGGCGGUUUACUGCGACGACAUACCGCUGUAUGAGAACGAGCUUUACCUGGGGCUCGUCACCAGCAGCAAAGCACACGCCCACAUCCUCUCCAUAGAUACCUCGGCAGCAGAGGGUAUGCCCGGCGUGGUCUGCUGUGUGUUUGCCGAAGACAUCCCCGGCAGCAACGCCACCGGACCCGUCCAAUACGACGAGACCGUCCUCGCCGACCGCCAGGUGUGUUUCUCUUUCUUUGGCCAAUCAGGAGACUCCCUCAGGUUGACGGCGUUUCCCUCCUUCCUGCAGGUGACAUGUGUCGGUCACAUCAUCGGCGCCGUGGUGGCCGACACUCAGCUUCGCGCUCAGAGAGCCGCCAAAGCCGUCCGGAUCCAGUAUGAAGAGCUGCAGCCGGUCGUCACCAUCCAGGAGGCCAUUGCUGCCCAGUCUUUCUAUCAGCCAAUCAGAACCAUCCAGAAUGGUGACCUGGAUGCAGGGUUUAAACAGGCUGACAGCAUCCUGGAGGGUGAGAUGCACAUAGGAGGUCAGGAACAUUUCUACCUGGAGACCAACGUCACUCUGGCUGUUCCUCGAGGAGAAGACGGAGAGAUGGAGCUCUUUGUUUCUACUCAGUCUGCCUCCAAAACACAGGUCCUGGUGGCCAAGGCGCUGGGCGUCCCUGCUAACAGGGUGGUGGUCCGGGUGAAGAGAAUGGGCGGCGGCUUCGGGGGGAAGGAGACCCGAACCACCGUGUUGUCCACCGUGGUUGCCGUGGCAGCAAACAAGCUGAAGAGGCCUGUGAGGUGCAUGCUGGACCGGGACGAGGACAUGUUGGUGAUGGGGGGAAGACACCCCUUCUAUGGAAAAUACAAGGUGGGAUUCCUGGGCAGUGGCAAGGUGGUGGCUCUGGACGUGUCGUACUACAGCAACGCGGGCAACUCCAUGGACCUCUCUCUGUCGGUCAUGGAGCGCGCCCUGUUCCACAUGGAGAAUUCGUACAGCGUGGCCAACGUGCGCGGCCGCGGCUUCCUGUGCCGCACCAACCUGCCGUCCAACACGGCCUUCAGGGGCUUCGGAGGGCCGCAAGGCAUGAUGGUCGCCGAGAGCUGGAUCAGCGACGUGGCUCAGAGUCUGGGCCGGCCGGCCGAGGAGGUGCGCCGGUUGAACCUGUAUGUGGAGGGUGAGUCGACGCCCUACAACCAGAUCCUGAAUCAGAUCACCCUGGACCGCUGCUGGGACGAGUGUCUGUCCCGAUCUGGAUACCAGCAGCGCCGAGCAGCCGUCGACCUUUACAACAGGCAGAACCGGUGGACCAAACGGGGCCUCGCCAUCGUGCCCACCAAGUUUGGCAUCAGCUUCACGGCUGCGUUCCUCAACCAGGCUGGAGCUCUGGUUCACGUCUACACCGAUGGCUCGGUUCUGUUGACCCACGGAGGGACGGAGAUGGGACAAGGACUCCACACCAAGAUGGUCCAGGUUGCCAGCAGGGUUCUGGGUAUUCCCUGUUCCAAGAUCCACAUCUCAGAGACCAGCACCAACACGGUCCCCAACACCAGCCCCACCGCCGCCUCCGCCUCCUCGGACCUCAACGGGGCUGCUGUGCAGAACGCCUGUGAGAUCCUUGUGAAGCGCCUCGAGCCCUACAAGAUCAAGGAUCCCAAAGGAUCAUGGGAAGACUGGGUGAGAGCAGCGUAUUUUGACCGGGUCAACCUCAGUGCCAACGGCUUCUACAAGACUCCAGAUCUCGGUUACGACUUUGAGUCAAACUCGGGCCGAGUGUUCAACUACUUCACCUCUGGAGUGGCUUGUUCAGAGGUGGAGGUCGACUGUCUGACCGGAUCCCACAAGAACCUGAGUAGCACCAUCGUGAUGGACGUCGGUCACAGCCUCAACCCGGCUAUUGACAUUGGCCAGGUCGAAGGGGCGUUCAUGCAGGGUCUGGGACUCUUCACCAUGGAGGAGCUUUGUUAUUCACCCCAGGGUGUCCUCCUCACUCGGGGUCCUGGUUCUUAUAAGAUCCCGGCUUUUGGCGACAUCCCCACCCAGCUCACCGUCUCGCUGCUCCGGGAUGCACCGAACGACAAGGCCAUCUACGCCUCCAAGGCCGUCGGUGAGCCUCCUCUCUUUCUUGCCUCGGCCAACUUCUACGCCAUCAAAGACGCCGUCGCCGCUGCCCGGUGGGAGUCGGGCGUCAGCGGCCCGUUUAGGCUGGACAGCCCCGCCUCCUGCGAGAGGAUCCGCACCGCUUGCAGCGACAGGUUCACCAAACUGUGUCCUCCUGCAGAACCUGGUACCUUCACCCCCUGGUCUGUCCAGGUCUAGGACCAGAGGAAACCCCCCCUGAUGCUCUCUCAGACCACGGAUCCACAUCUCACCAGCUGAUCAGGACUUCAGUAACAGUUCAUGAUGUUGAUGUUUAUUAAAGGCAGCAUACUACAAGUACUAUACUGUUACUACAAGUACUGUUACUACAAGUACUAUACUGUUACAAGUACUAUACUGUUACUACAAGUACUGUUACUACAAAUACUGUUACUACUAGUACUGUUACUACAAGUAGGCAGCAUAUUAUCUUCCAUAACGGACUCAGUCAAUAAAACAUGAUUUCUUUACAAUAUUUCACUGUGAAACAUUUGACUGGAACAGUUGAUUGAGCUAAUAGUAAUCAUCAGAUAUUACAUUACAUUACAUUUCAUGUCAUUUAGCUGAUGCUUUUAUCCAAAGUGACUUAUAAUAAGUGCAUUAAACCAUGAUUACAAACUCAGAUAUAUAGAUAAUAGUUACAUUGAUUGGUGCGUUGCAUGUUUAUCUGGA